UCCGGGCUCAUUUGCAUAGAGAGCCCCGCCCCUCAGCCGACGUCACCCAGGCUCCGCAUCUGCUGCAGUCGCUGCGGGGAGGAGGCGGCGGCGCGAGCGCGGCAGAGAUGGCGUCGGCUACUGACUCCCGCUAUGGGCAGAAGGAAUCCUCGGACCAGAACUUCGAUUACAUGUUCAAGAUCCUGAUCAUCGGCAACAGCAGCGUGGGCAAAACCUCCUUCCUGUUCCGCUACGCCGACGACUCCUUCACGCCCGCCUUCGUCAGCACCGUGGGCAUCGACUUCAAGGUCAAGACCAUCUACAGGAACGACAAACGCAUCAAGCUGCAGAUCUGGGACACGGCGGGGCAGGAGCGGUACCGCACCAUCACCACCGCCUACUACCGCGGGGCCAUGGGCUUCAUCCUCAUGUACGACAUCACCAACGAGGAGUCCUUCAACGCCGUGCAGGACUGGUCCACCCAGAUCAAGACCUACUCGUGGGACAACGCGCAGGUGCUGCUGGUGGGGAACAAGUGUGACAUGGAGGACGAGCGCGUGGUGUCCUCGGAGAAGGGGCGCCAGCUCGCCGAGCACCUGGGGUUUGAGUUUUUCGAGGCCAGCGCCAAGGACAACAUCAACGUGAAGCAGACCUUCGAGAGGCUGGUGGACAUCAUCUGCGAGAAGAUGUCCGAGUCGCUGGACACGGCCGACCCCGCGGUCACCGGCGCCAAGCAGGGCCCCCAGCUCACGGACCAGCAGGCCCCCCCGCACCAGGACUGUGCCUGCUAGGGGCCAGCCCCCCCCAGAACCCCCCCAGAGCCCCCCCAAAACCCGGUCAGUGCGCCCCAAACCCCCCCCACGAGCUCCUCCUCUUGGGGGUCCCGCGGGGGCUUUUGCUGCUGAUACCUCCGAAAGGGCUGCGGCCCCUCUAGGAGCCCCCACCCCAAUUCAUUAGGCUAUGCCCCCCCCCCACACCCCUUAAUUUAUUUUUAAGCCUGGGCUGGUAGAAAACUUCCCCCCUGCCCCCCUCAUUCUGCUUUUAAUCACUGUCAAGAAACCAUCACCCCCAGCCCCAUUUCCCCUGGUGAAACCCACCCAUCCUGUCCUGGCACCCCUUGUCCUGGAGACCCCCCUGCCCUUUUUCCUUCUCUGGGACCCCCUUUCCUGGAGACCCCAAUUGCCCUGAAGACCCCUCCCCGUGGCCUGGGACCCUGUCCUGGUACCCCCUGCCAUUUUCCCUGCUCUGGGACCCCGUGGCCUGGAGACCCCUGCCCUGGAGAUGCCCCUGUCCUGGGACCCCCUGCCCUUUUUCCUUAUCUGGAACCCUCUUUCCUGGAGACCCCCUGUGCCCUGGAGACCCCCCUGCCCUUUUUCCUGCUCUGGGACCCCUGUCCUGGCACCUCUUGCCCUGGAGACCCCCCUGUCCUGGGACCCCCUUUCCUGGAGACCCCCAUUGCCCUGGAGACCCCCCUGUCCUGGGACCCCCUGCCCUUUUUCGUGCCCUGGGACCCCCUGCUCUGGGGAUCCCCCUACCCUGGGACCCCCCCCUGCCCCGGAGCCCCCUGUCCUGGGGAUCCCCCUACCCUGGGACCCCCUUCCCAGCGUGUGGGUGCUGUGACAGGACCCCCCAAAUCCCCCUGCCCAACCCAUCCCACCCCUUUUACCCCCAGAGCUCCUGGUGCAGGGGGCUCUUUGUGGCCGCUCCCCUGCCCCUGCAGCUGGAUGGAUAUUUCCUGACUCUUGUUUAUUUGUAUAAAUAGAUGCUAAUUUAUGCUCCCGCCGUCUUCCUCCUUGUACAUACAGAAAUUCCUUGUAAAUAGGCGUAGGAAGUGACGCUGUGCGCGUGACCUGCUGUGCUGUGGCCGUGGUGGUGCAUUUAUAUAUAUUAUAUAUAUAUAUAUUCUGAUUUUUUUUUUUUUUUGGUUUUUGUUCUUUUGGUUUCUCUCAGUGUGGUAAACCUUGCUUGUGAAUAUCACUUUUAAAAAGAAAAAAAACCCGUCAAAAAAAAAAAAAACAAAACACCCCACCCCCACAACCAAACGACGACAGAACUGUUAUUAUUAUUAUUAUUUAAAUAAUAAGAUUUCAAAUGAAAAAAAAAUGAAUUCAAUGCAUCGGCGAGGCCGAGCUGACUGGAGUGAACCUGCCCCAGUUUGGGGAGCCUGUGGGGGUGAGCAGGGCUGGUUUGCUCCAGGGCUUUGGGGUCUCGUGUUCCUGUAGUUCUGUGCUUCUGUGGAGACUGUGAAUAAGUGGAUAUUCCCGUAGCCAUGACAGAGCUGCCCUUUAUUUAUUUCUCCUGGAGCGCUGUGUCUUUAUUUUACAGAUUUCCCUCUGUUUCCCCCCCCCAAUCAUGAUUCCAUCUCCUUCCCUCCCCCUUUCUCCCCCUCCUCUUUUUUGUGAAGUUUACUUAUGGAAGAGUUACACUGUACUGUACAAAUGUCAAAAGUGUCAAAAAAAAAAAAAAAAGAGUACAAUUUCCUAAAAAUCACUGUAUUAAAAGAAAUGUUGUGAAGAAAUAAACCAAUGCUGAUCAGAA